AGUCACCGAUGAAACAAAUCUCAUCAAACAAAUAAAUAUGAAUUUGCACACUGAACAUUUGAAUGUUGCUAGAUUCAUAUUUUACAUAUGAUGUAAUAUCUGGAAUUAUAUCCAGGCCCCAAUGGGGGAAUGAGCACUGUCUAUCAGAUAAAGUGCUGAACUUGCGAUGGAAAAGAGUGGGCUCAAAGCUUUGUUCAGCUGCAUUCCGUCUGAGUGACCUCAGGCCAUCCUCUUUCUCAGCUUCACUAGCUUCUCAGAGUCCUUAUGAGGAUAAAAUGUAUGAAAAUGCCAUGAUGACUAGCUGGAGCAACUUGGAUAUCACAUAGAAAUAUAGUAAUGAGACAGAUCAAGUUCUUUCUAAGCUCAAACCUUAUUACCCAAGACCCAAAUUCUGCCUGAUGACAUUUCCUGACAUUAGGUUUCAAAAUGAUGCACCUAUGGCUCAGUCGUGGAGUACAUGCUUCACAUACAGAAGGUUCAAGGUUUAAUUCUGGCCAUCUUCAGGUUGGGUAAGGAAAGAAACUUCCUUGAUAUCCUGGAGAGCCACUGCUGCUUAGCAGAGGAAUUACUGAGCUGCACAGAGCAAUGGUAUGACUUAGUUAUAAGGCACCCUCCUGUGUUUCUAAACAUUUCAGAAUUAGGAAAACAGGGUAUGAGAUUAGAACUGAUUUUCUUUCAAUGCUGAUCAAAUAUUUAUUAUUGCUUUGGAGAGGACAAAAGAUUAUGCAACAUACUGAUCCACAAUUCAGGGGACCUGCCAGUCUGAGCUUGAAGAAGCAAUUUCCUUUAGGAUUCAGUUUGAGUAGUGGGAUAUAAAGCAAGACCGAUCCAGUAAUGUGAAUGCAAAUGAUAUAAAACUAUGAACAGGAUGCUGAUGACAACCCAUUUUAAUUUAACUUUUGCAAUCUGUUUUAACUUUUAUCAUCUGUUUUUCCUGUAAUUAAAUGAAGUUCCAAAAUAUACUCUAGGGAUAACCAAAAGAGCAUGGUCAAAGGUAUGCAGGAACUUACUGCUCCUUUCUUUUACAGUGUGCCUAAUUUAAAAAUGAGUUAUCCUCACACCGAGGGGGAAGAAAAAAUACUGAACGAUGAGCUAGAAUGCAAAAUCUGUUACCAGAGGUUUAAUGUUCACAGUCGCAAACCGAAAAUCCUGGACUGCCUACAUAGGGUCUGUGCUAAAUGCCUGAUGAAAAUCCUUCACGUCGGAGAUGGUUCUCCUUGCAUUAGCUGUCCUUUCUGCCGUCAUGAGACAGAACUGCAGGAAGAGGAAGUGGAAGGACUCCCUGAUGAUACAAACAUCAUGUCCAAACUCACAACAAAAGACAAAAUAGCAUGGAGUUCGGACAGCAAAGAAGUUGUCUUGACACCAAAGAACUUGGCUUCUUCAAGUCCAUCCCAUGGGUCAUCAAACUGCUUGGUGAUAACAAUCAUGGAAGUACAAAGAGAAUCCACAAGCCAAAACACUCUCUCAGAUUAUUACCCAGAUCAUAGUUUUGACUCAGUGUCCGUAAAUUCUCACAGCCAACUGGACCAGGAUGUUUUCUCUAAGCUCUGUAAUCAUGUCCCCAGAAUACUUGUUUGGCUACUUGGAUUUUUCUAUUUUGGCUCUUUGCCACUUGGAAUCUAUUUAUUGGUGAUUCAGAAAGUGACCCUUGGAAUUGUCUGUGUCAGUCUUGUUCCAUCCAGUCUAACAGUGUGUCUUGUGUAUGGUUUCUGUCAAUGCCUCUGUCAGGGAAUGUGUGACUGCUCCGCUAGAAACUGA